AUGACAGAAGUGGUAGUAGCGGGGGUCGUCAUAGAAGGCGGCGGAGCGAUGGAAGCGGUCGAAGUGGUGCAAGUGGACGUCGUCAUGGAGGUGGGAGAAGUAGGCGCAGGAAACGGAGCGGGAGUAGUGGCAGUAGUAGCAGCAGCAGUAGUAGCGGCGCUGUUAGGCAUAGUAAACGCAGUGUUGACAGCGGAGGUAGUGCUGGAAGCAGCAGCAGCCGUGGCGGGCGAAGCAACUCCUCGCGAGGCUCUCCGAAACGCAGAAGGCGUAGUGAGGGACGACCGGUUGAAGCUAGAAGGGCCGCCCAAAAGAGGAGAAACGCAUCUCGUAGCAGCGGCAGGAGUAGCGGCGGGAGUAGCUACAGGAGUAGCGGCAGGAGUAGCGACAGGAGUAGCGGCAGGAGUAGCGACAGGAGUAGCGGCAGGAGUAGUGGCAGAAGUAGCGACAGGAGUAGUGACAGACGUGGAGACCAUAAAAGGCGCGUAA